AUGGAUCUUGUGAGGGAUGCUGUUGACUCAAUCUACUCCAGAUAUUGUGAUAACUUUUCUGUUUCACCCAGGAAGUCGCUUGAGAUCUCUUCUUUUGUGGUGAUUCGGGGCGAGGAAUUGCUCUGUUAUUUUCUUGGCGAGAAUAGCUGGUGCACAUUACGUAAGAUACCAUCUGAAUAUGGCAAGUUACAGCAUUUAUUUCCUUGCAAAGGGGAUUUGUACAGUACUGCAAGGCCAAAAUCAGUUAUAGUAAGCUACAAUCCACACACCAAUAGUUGGACGCGGUUAACAAAUAUUGGAGAAGACACAUAUUUGCUGAAAAUAUAUGUUGGAAAUGACGAAUCGUACGCUUUGCUGUCUGAUGUAUGCACAUCUUGUAUAGAUAGUCACAUAAGAUCUUUGGAAAAUGAUCUAUGUGACAGAGCUCACAGCACUUUCAUCUCUAAGUAUAAACCAGAACCACAAUCAUGGCAGAAAAUCUUAUCUCUUCAUCUUUUUUAUCACUUUGUGAGGCGAGACUUUUGUAUUGUAGCCAGUGAGCAUUUCAUCUAUUUUAUUGGCGGCCUUGUUUGUGUAAAUAUGCUUAAAAAGUACCUGAGCGACGUUGACAGAUAUGACCUUAGCAAACACCAGUGGAAGAAAGUAGCUGACAUUCGAAUUGCAAAAAGAAGAGCGAUC